AUGGGCCUCAAGUCUCGCGAGAGUACACGGGACCAGAAACUUCCGCUCGUUCGUCUCGAUGUUCCAGUCUACUCCUUUGACGGACUGCUUGUGUUCGCCCUGCUGGUGAUCUGUACCUGUGCCUACAUGAAGAGAGUACCAAAACUCAAGCAGUGGUUCCUGUCGGAGAAGAAAGGAGCUCUAGGAGUUUUCUACAAAGCUGCAGUUAUCGGCACCAGACUACAUGUACCAGUAGCUGCCACCUGUGUCAUCAUGGCCUUCUAUGUCAUGUUCCUGAAAUAG